CAGGUCCGACAAGGACACGCCUCCCUGCGGAGGAGUGAGCCUGUGUGCAGCGACAGUCCGGAUCAUUAGGACACCGUGAGGAGGACGCAGAGGACCGACAGCAUGAGGGAGAUAAACGUUACCGGGGCCGAGACCGGGUCCGGGUCCGGGUCUGACGAACUCGUCUUCUUCGUUAACGGGAAGAAGAUCGUUGAGAGGAACGCGGACCCUGAGAUGACUCUGCUGACGUAUCUGAGGAGGAAAUUGGGUUUAACAGGAACCAAGCUGGGCUGUGCUGAGGGCGGCUGUGGAGCCUGCACCGUCAUGGUCUCCAGAUACCAAACACACACUCAACAGCUGCUUCACUACGCCGUCAACGCCUGCCUCGCCCCCCUCUGCUCCCUACACCUGGUCGCCGUGACGACCGUGGAGGGUAUCGGCAGCGUGGCAAGAAAAUUACAUCCUGUGCAGGAGCGAAUAGCGAGGGCUCACGGCUCUCAGUGUGGGUUCUGCACUCCGGGGAUCGUCAUGUCCAUGUACGCCCUGCUGAGGAACAACCCCACACCCAAAAUGGCCGAUGUUGAGGAGGCUUUCCAAGGAAAUCUGUGUCGUUGCACCGGAUACAGACCGAUACUGGAGGGGUACAAAACUUUCACUGUGGAGGGGGGGUGCUGUGGCGGCAGGGGGCGGGAGAACGGCUGCUGUAUGGCCAAUGGGAACGGAGCUGAGAAAAGCUCAGAGGAAGACACUGACGAAGCCACAACGCUGUUCACCGCAACCAACUUUGCGCCCUUUGACCCCACGCAGGAGGUCAUCUUCCCUCCUGAGCUCAUGUCUCUCACCAAAGGUCAAAGGUCGGGCUCGCUGUGUUUCCGUGGCAACAGGGCGGUGUGGCUGCAGCCCGACAGCCUUGAAGAGUUUCUGCGUCUGAAAUGGGAACAUCCAGACGCCCGAGUGGUGGUGGGAAACACUGAAGUGGGUAUCGAGGUGAAGUUUAAGAACAUGGUGUACCCAGUUAUCUUAGCUCCAGCCUUCAUCCCCGAACUGAACACAGUGACGUACACUGAGGACGGUGUCGUUUUUGGUGCGGGGUGCACUCUCAGCCACAUGGGGGCGGUGCUGAAGGAGAUGGUGAAGACUCUUCCUCCUCAUCAGACCGAAGUCUUUCUCGCUGUCCUGGAACAACUGCGCUGGUUCGCCGGACUGCAGAUACGCAAUGUAGCCGCGGUUGGUGGGAACAUCAUGACAGCCAGCCCCAUUUCAGACCUCAACCCUGUUUUUAUGGCGGCCGGUUGCAAACUCACACUGAUGGACAAAGAUGGCAGUCGUGUGGUUCAGAUGGACGACAGUUUCUUCACAGGUUACAGGAAGACGACUCUGCGACCGCAGGAGGUCCUGCUGUCCGUAGAGAUCCCGUACAGCAAAAAGAAUCAGUUCGUCUCGGCCUUCAAACAGUCUCCUCGCCGCGAGGACGACAUCAGCAUCGUUACGGCGGCAAUGAGCGUCACCAUAACUCCCGGGACCGACGUUGUCGAGGACUUGAUCCUCAGCUACGGCGGCAUGGCGGCGACCACCGUACUGGCGAAGAAGACGGCGAGCAGACUGCUGGGAAGGCGGUGGGGGGAGGAGCUACCUGGAAGAAGGCCGUGCUCCUCAUUGGCUGAGGAGAUGACCCUCGACCCCUCUGCGCCAGGCGGCAUGGUGACAUACCGGCAAACUUUGACCCUCAGCCUCUUCUACAAGUUCUACCUGAUGGUGCUGCAGAAGCUCAGAGCGCAGGGUGUGAAUGUGGCCGAGGUCGGGGCCAACUGUCUGAGCGCCGCAGAGAUUUACCAUCCUGAGACUCCGUCCAGUGUUCAGAUCUACCAGGCGGUGCCGGAGGGGCGGAGCCAGGACGACGCGGUGGGCCGCCCCAUGAUGCACCUGUCGGCCCUGAAGCAGGCAACCGGCGAGGCAGUUUACUGCGACGACGUGCCGCUGUACGAGAACGAGCUCUACCUGGCGCUCGUCACCAGCAGCAAAGCACAUGCCAACAUCCUCUCUAUAGACAGCUCAGCAGCAGAGCGGAUGCCCGGCGUUGUGUGCUGCGUGUUUGCCGAUGACAUCCCUGGCAGUAAUGCCACCGGACCAAUCGUAUAUGACGAGACCGUCAUCGCCCGCCACCAGGUGCGUUUGUCCGACCAAUCAGCUGACUCUGACGGCUUGAUGUCCAGGUUGGUGACGUUUCUGUUUUCUGUGCAGGUGACCUGUGUGGGUCACAUCAUCGGCGCCGUGGUGGCCGACACUCAGCUUCACGCUCAGAGAGCCGCCAAAGCCGUCAGGAUCCAAUAUGAAGAGCUGCCGGCGGUCGUCACCAUCCAGGAAGCCAUCGCCGCCCAGUCCUUCUAUCAGCCAAUCAGAACCAUCCAGAAGGGAGACCUGGAGGCUGGGUUCAAACAGGCCGACCACAUCCUGGAAGGUGAGAUGCACAUUGGAGGUCAGGAACAUUUCUACCUGGAGACAAAUGUCACUCUGGCUGUUCCCCGAGGAGAGGACGGAGAGAUGGAGGUCUUUGCUUCUACACAAUCUGCCUCCAAAACACAGUCUCUGGUGGCGAAGGCGUUGGGUGUCCCCGCUAACAGGGUGGUGGUCCGGGUGAAGAGGAUGGGGGGAGGCUUCGGCGGGAAGGAGAGCCGGACCACCGUGUUGUCCACUGUGGUCGCCGUGGCAGCCAACAAGCUGAAGAGACCCGUGAGGUGUAUGUUGGACAGAGACGAGGACAUGUUGAUCACUGGAGGAAGACACCCCUUUUAUGGAAAAUACAAGGUGGGUUAUCUAAACAGUGGUAAGGUCGUGGCUCUGGACGUGUCGUACUACAGCAACACAGGAAACUCCAUGGACCUCUCUCUAUCAGUCCUGGAGCGAGCUCUGUUCCACAUGGAGAACUCGUACAGUGUAGCCAAUGUACGCGGCCAGGGUUACCUGUGCCGCACCAACCUGCCGUCCAAUACAGCCUUCAGGGGAUUCGGAGGGCCACAAGGCAUGAUGGUAACCGAGAGCUGGAUGAACGAUGUGGCGCAGAGUCUGGGCAAGCCGUCAGAGGAGGUGCGUCGGUUGAACCUGUAUGUGGAAGGGGAGUUGACACCCUACAACCAGAUCCUGGAUCAGUUCACCUUGGACCGCUGCUGGGAUGAGUGCCUGUCACGCUCCGUAUACCAGGAACGCCGAGCCGCCGUCGACCUUUACAACAGACAGAACCGGUGGACCAAACGAGGCCUCGCCAUCGUCCCCACCAAGUUUGGCAUCAGCUUCACCGCUGUCUUCCUCAACCAGGCCGGAGCUCUGGCUCACAUCUACACAGACGGCUCGGUGCUGUUGACCCACGGUGGGACUGAGAUGGGACAGGGACUCCACACCAAGAUGGUCCAGGUUGCCAGCAGGGUUCUGGGUAUCCCCUGUUCGAAGAUCCACAUCUCAGAGACAAGCACCAACACGGUCCCCAACACCAGCCCCACGGCUGCCUCCGCCUCCUCAGACCUCAAUGGAGCUGCCGUGCAGAACGCCUGUGAGACCCUCAUGAAACGUCUGGAACUGUACAAGACCAAUAACCCCAAAGGGACAUGGGAGGACUGGGUGAAAGCAGCGUAUUUCGACAGAGUAAACCUCAGUGCAAAUGGCUUUUACAAGACUCCAGAUCUCGGUUAUGACUUCGACUCGAACUCGGGCCGAGCGUUUAACUACUUCAGCUACGGGGUGGCUUCUUCAGAGGUAGAGAUCGACUGCCUGACUGGAGCUCACAAGAACCUGAGUACCACCAUCGUGAUGGACGUCGGUCACAGCCUCAACCCAGCUAUAGACAUCGGACAGGUGGAGGGGGCGUUCAUGCAGGGUCUGGGUCUCUUCACCCUGGAGGAGCUUCAUUAUUCCCCCCAGGGUGUCCUACUCACUCGGGGUCCUGGUUCUUAUAAGAUCCCGGCCUUCGGUGACAUUCCCACCCAGCUUACUGUCUCACUGCUCCGCGACGCACCGAAUGACAAAGCCAUCUUCGCCUCCAAGGCUGUGGGCGAGCCUCCUCUCUUUCUGGCAGCAUCGGUUUUCUACGCCAUCAAAGAUGCCAUCAGCGCCGCCCGGGCGGAGUCAGGCAUCAGCGGCCCCUUCAGGCUAGACAGCCCCGCCUCUGCCGAGAGGAUCCGCAAUGCUUGCAGUGACCGAUUCACCAAACUGUGUCCUCCUGCAGAACCCGGAACCUUUAAGCCCUGGUCUGUACAGGUCUAGGACGUCAACCCACAGAGACAGAAGAGACCACCGCUGACACUCACUGGACAAUCUGUGGAACUACAUCCGCGCGCAGUGUUUGUUUCCUGCCUGUCGGAGCAGUAACACGCUGUCUCUCACUGAGGGUCAGCGGCAUAAAGCAAUUGGGGAAUAAAAAAACGUACAUGACUGAUACGCUGAUGAAAUAUUAAUAUUUCAGCUCCUCACAGCUGUAAUAAACUGAUUGGUGCUACACUUAGACUUCAGCUGUAUACACACAAAAUGAAAUAUGUGAAUUAACUGAUCACUGUUAUGUUAUAUGAAAUGAAUGAAAUAAA